CUGGAAGGAACAAUGUGUUGAGGAACGAACACUGCACGCAAAAGUGCACCGAGUCGACGGACACCUGCGAACGGAGACCGUGGGCGGCUCAGCGCAACGAAGUCAAAGUGCACCGUUACCACUCCAGGAGAGCUUUCGACAAUUGGUUGAAGCGCGUCGAGCCAGGUAGAGGGAGUUUAUUGUCUACAGCUGAGCGUCCCCGAUUCAUCUUCCGGACGAUUGUGAAUCGCAAACGACAAAGAUGGGGGACAAAAUAGUGGAGCUCAACGUCGGAGGCACUCUCUACACGACGAAGGCAUCUACGCUUCUGAAGGCCGAAAAUGGAUCUUGCGUUCUCCGCGAAUUGAUCGAGGAACAAGUUAAGGAUUCUCAGGGACGUCUAUUCGUUGACCGGGAUGGAGCUCUUUUCCGCUACGUUCUCGACUAUCUACGGAGUGGGAAAGUGACUCUACCGGAGGGUUUCAGCGAGCGCGCGAGACUUUGCCAAGAAGCCGACUACUUCCAACUCGAGCAAAUGUCAGCAGCCCUGAAUUUCUCGGGGAACGCGACCACCCUCGUCCCAUUCCCCGGUCAACCAGGAUACGUCACAGUGAGCUACAGAGGAACGUUCGCCUUCGGACGCGAUGGGCUCGCUGACGUCAAGUUUCGCAAGCUAACUCGUAUCCUCGUCUGCGGAAAGGUCACCAUCUGCCGCGAGGUUUUCGGCGACACCCUCAACGAAUCCAGAGAUCCAGAUAGGGGCCAAGACGACCGCUAUACUUCGAGAUUUUUCCUGAAACACAACUCGCUAGAGCAAGCCUUCGACAUGCUGCAGGAGGCCAGAUUCCAAUGUGUCUGCGCCUGCGGGUCGGGAACCUCGUGCGGGGGCAACGGCGCUGAGCCCAUGAAGCCUGGCUUGGACUCCGAAGAGCAAAGAUGGAACCACUACAACGAGUUCGUGUUCGUGAGAAAUUGAGCCCGGCUUCAAGGAUUGUGGAUUCCGAUGUCUGCCUCGACGUCUCAGCAUCGGGAAAAUCAUCAGGAGCGGAGAGAGGGAGAUAGACAUCGAAACCUUGUAGAAAACUAAGGCAAUGGAUUAUUAUGAUCUGGUAAUGAGUCCCCAGGUGUUCUGUUGGCUUCGGGAUGAGUUCUGUUGGCUCUGAAACUUUUCGCGCAACACAUAUCCAGCCGGUGUCUUCGUUCCCUUCUGCUCCGAAGAACUACAUCGGAUUUACUAAUGCGGCUGAACUUCCUGUGGUGCUAAGUUGCGUUCCUACUCCACCCAUAAGUUCGAAGGCGGGUAUUCAGAAAAUAUCAAUGAGAACGGGGUCUUCGUUUUCCAAAUAGUUAGCUCUUUAUGAAAUGAGGACGAGAGAGGAAUACGAAACGAUGAAACCAGAUAGACAGGACCUCGGAAGAUUUCAUCAACUUACCUGAAUUAUACCAGCUAUACCUGAAUAGCAGAGAAUACUAACAAUAAUAGAUAAUACGCUCUUAUUGGAAUUCUACGGGAGACCAAGAUCACGAGUUUCGAGUGCUAUGAGUCCUGAGCUAUAGCUCGACGGACGCGAACUUCCACUACGACAAAGGAGCUUAGGCGUUCAUCCCUUUGAGGUACGGAGAAAAGUGUGUCACGUCAGCGCCAAACUCUCCAUUGUAAGAGUUCUUCCACCGAUCAUGAAUCAUGAUUGACAACCAAUAGCAAAUUGGGCCCUCGGUUUCGGGCAUCUAUGGCGCAGUACCGUCCGAGAGAGGUUUAGCGUCAAGUUCUCGCCGUGAAAGGACCGACUCGAGGACAGCCAAACGGACACACUCGACUGCGGAUGUGCGAUUCGCGCUCCGAUGUGGACGACAGGGUGGAUUCGAUACUUUUCGGACGUCGCUAAUCAAAAAAGUUUUGCGGACCAUCGAGGUCAGAGAAAAUCCCAAUGCUUUUAUCUAGGUCGUAUCCACUCGAUCAUUCUAUCUGCGUAGUAUUCUUCUGACACUCAUUUGCGCAUUCGAGCCAGGAAUUCGAGUAGACUGACGAGCACAUAUUUCAAGACCACAUAUGUAAAUGAUGCUCGAUGUCUGUGGGAAGUCGGAAUCGAUGAUUUCAAGCGAGCCAUUAUCCCGUCGUGUCGGCUCGAGCAACGCGUCCCGCCAUCCUGACAGGGUGUCUUCCGAUUAUUACGCAAGUUCGUUGAUGAGCCUCGACGUGAGAGUACCCACAGUCCCUUGGAUUUCUGCUAGGCGGAGUCGGGAUCGCAAAUGAUCCCACGUAUCGGGAAGACAGAAGAAAUUAGAAAGAAUGAAAUAUUUAGUUCUGAUCUCGAGCCUGUACUUGGCUCCUCGCGAAUACAGAUGUCUAUCCAUUGACCCACAUGAACAGCUCUGGAACAUCGUUGCGGCUAUCGCUGAUCUCUAGACUAAUCGACUUUCACUAGACGACGUAUUGGAAUUCGAUCGGUCGGUCCACUCGGAGAAACUAUCGUUCUGAAAUAUUCCCUCGUUGGACUCGAACUCAGAUUCUGCCGGCUACCGAGGUCCUGCACAUAUGAGAUCGCCGCCCGGAUCGUUCAUUCACACUGAAGAAUCGACAAGCCAAAGACGCUCACGUCACUAUCCAGAGCAGGCUCGUCCGAUGUGGUGUAUUUCCCCGAGUCUAAGCUUAUGAAUUAGGUACCUACUGAUACAAUGUCGUACAGAUGUUCGAGAUCAAUCCUUCGAUUAUCACGACGAACUCGGUGGGAUCGUAGGUAAUUGGGCGUUAAGCAUAUACCUUCUAAGUAAUCUAAUACUGCUAACUCAAUACUGAGCGAUUACUAGUGGUGCGGAUCUCGAUAACAUCAGAAUGCGAUGCCAGAGAGAAGGCGGAGUCCGGCCCUUGCGUAGCCGGCAGUGCAGAAUCAUCUGGACCAGGAAUGAGCAUGGUAGGGGCAGUUUCCGCGUCGACACCGAACAUCUGUGUCGUCCCGGGACAUCCGUGUUUAUUCCUGGCCUGGGUCCGGAUUGGCAGUUUUUUUUGAUUUUUCGCUCGAUAAUGUCUGAGUGGACGGGACCUUUCCGGGACGAAGAGACCGUCCGUCAAUUAAUGGAGUACCCCUAAGGAAAUCACUCUUAUUUUCUCCGCAAUAAACGU